AUGGAAGAUAUGAAAGAAACUUUAUUACAUCAUGUAAAUGGUAUAAUGGAAAAAUGCCAAAAUUCUAAUGGUAUCUUUGAUUAUAAUUUAAAGGAAUAUAAUAGUUCUUUAUCUAUGAUAAAAACAAAUUUAAAAUUUAAAAUUCCAAUAGGUGAAAAUAUAUUUUUAAGAGAGAAAUUUACUAAUUCAUAUGGAAAAAUUUCUAUUCCAAAAAUAUUACAUGAAGUUGAUUAUAUUGGUCCAUAUAUGGGUUUUUAUUUUGGUGAUAAUAAAAUUUUUAAUGAAAUAAAAGAAAAGAAAAUUAUAAUUGUUCCAAGAAUGUUAACAACAUUAUUUUUUGGUGAUAUAUCAAUAACAAGAACAGAUUUAGAUAUUAAUAAAGAUAUUAUAUUGGAUACAUUUAUACCAUAUUCUAACAAAUCUAGCUUUGUUUUAUUGUUACGUGGAUAUCAACAAGAUAAAAAUAAUAAUUUUUCAAUGUUUUUUGAUAGUAAAUUAAUUAUGGUAUCUAGAGAUUUUUCUAAAGAAAUGAGAGAAAUUAUGCCUUUACCAGAAAUAAUACCCGAAAAUGAAAAAGAAAAAAAAUUAUUUGAUAAAUAUGGAAAAUUUUUAGAAAAUUAUAAAUUAGAUUCUAAAAAAAGUUUGAUUAAAUCAUUACCAAAUGAUGAUGAAUUUCAAUUAAUGUACAAAACUAUUUUAAGUACAUAUGACAAAAAUAUGUUAGAAGGUUAUGAAUAUAAUGAAAUUAAAAAAGAUGAAAUUCGAUUAUCUCAUACUACUAUAAAAAGUUGUUUUCAUGUUUCACCAAGCGAAAUUAAUUUUGCUAAAUUUUUGUAUGGUGGUGAAAUGAUUGGUAGAGGUUCACAAUUAGGAGAAAUAGCUGCAUCAAUGUAUGUUGAUGAUAAAGUUGAGGUAGUUUAUAUAGGAGAUAUGCGUUUUAUUUAUCCUUCUUAUCUUGGUGAUAUAAUUGAAAUAAAGUCGACAGUAACAUAUGUUGAGAAACCGUAUAUUGAAGUUAGAACUAAUUUUAUUUCUUCUUAUAUUUCUUCAACAAAGAAACCCACUAUUAUUGGUUAUUUAAAUAUGACAUUCAAAUAUGAUGGCAAUAAACAGUUAAGAAAACUUAUUUCACAUGAGACAAAUGAGCUAAUGGCGUAUGUCAACGGUAGACGAAACUUAAAGAAUUUUAAAAAAAAAUUAAUAAAUUUAUCAUAA